AUGAUUUCAAGCAAAGCAACACCACUAACAGAAUUUAAAUUAUCAAAUAAAGAUUUUAAAGAAUCAUCAUUAACAGUCCAACCUAUAGUUGGUGUUGAAGAUGGCAUUGUAAUUAAAAAUCUCUUAAAUGAAGAAGAAUGCCAUUUAAUUGAUAAAAAACUAUUUAUAGAAAAUGAUAAUAAAGAAUAUAUUAAACAUGGUUUAAGAAUCCACAAGAAUUCAAAAGAAUUUGCAGAUACAUUAUUUGAAAGAAUUAAUAAAUAUUGUGUAAAGGAAUUAACAAAGAAAUCACCAACUAACCCAGAUUCAUUCGAUCAAUGGCAAUUAAAAACAGUUUCGGAUAAAUUCAGAUUCAUUAGAUAUAAUGUAGGUGAAGAGUUUCCAAAUCAUGUCGAUGGAGAAGCUAGACCCUCCAGUGAUCAAAUGUCCUUCUUUUCAUUAUUAGUUUUCACUAAUGAAGGUGGUGGCAAAGAUUUUACUGGUGGUGAAUUCAGAUUCUUCAAAAAGGAUUCAAAUCUUCAACUUGUCGAAAUUGCUUCAGUUAAACCUGAAAAAGGAUUGGCCAUAGUAUUCCCACAUGGAGUUAUUCAUGACAGUGUAACUAUUUCAAAUGGUACCAAACACUCUAUCAGAACUGAUGUUGUUUAUUCAUUAAAAAAAUAA